CCCCCCCCCAACACUCCUCUCUGUUAAAAGCGCAUACCCACCAUCAGAUGGAACAACACCAAAAAAAAAUGUUGCAAAAUAAGGAUUUUGAUUUACACAACGCAAGUUUUCAAUUAUGACAAAUAAGCAUAUAGAAGUACUUAAAAUACACAGUUAAAUAACGUUUACGAGUAAAUAAUUAAAGUAACAGUGAAAAGUAGAAUAGAAUAUUUAUCUACUUCAGCUUACAGCUUGCUAAAAGGAACAGCGAAUUAUAUAGGUAAUAUCACAAGAAAAAAGAAGAAAAUAAUUAUAGGUGCAAUAGUUUGUGAAGAUCAAAGAUAACAAGCCACUUGACAAUUCAAUUAAAGAAAAAUUCUGGAGGCUUCCUCUGUUAUAUGAUAUACAAACAAUUAGUGGAAAAAAAAGUUUCCUCCUAUCGCGUAAAAAAGAAGAAUGAAAAAUGUUGCCCGCAAAGUGACUGCAGGAUAGUCAAAUAAUAUAUUGCACUCCUUACUAUAAGAUGGAAGGACACAAGAGAUAAUAGAGAUCUUUGGCUGUGAAAAUGACGAGCAAUUUGCUGAUAUUCAUUCCGCAAGCGCUGCGCGCCGAGCGGUCCGGUUACGUGCUCGGUAAGGUGAUACACGACCCUCGCAACGGCCUGAAAAAGUUCUACGUCAUCAGCCUGCGUAGACUGGCCACGGUGGAGUCGACCAGGUCCACGUUGGACGUCAUCGGGUAUUACUCCAACGGGAACGACGCGAUCGACGAGCCUGCGGCGGAACGUAAGCACGCGAACUGGGUGCACAUCACGACGAGGCCUGGCACCGCGGAUGGACGGGGGUACGACGAGUAUCGCCUGGCGAAUGUCGUCCUCAACAGCAGCAGGCUGUCGGAUCUGUCGGCGACGCGCACGAUGAUCAUUCUGUACGAUCGGCGAGCGUUGCAGGAGACGGAGCUGUUCGAGAGCGGGGCAGCAGCGUCGGGCAGCGAUCACUUUCACGAGCUCGCGAAGCUCGUGCAGAGCAAGAGGGACGAGCUGAGGAUCAAGUCCAGACUCGUUCGCGCCUGGGAGACCCUGCUGACCUACCACAUGUCCCUCCACUUGUACCUCGUCCUGCUGCUGUCCAAGGUGACGGAGAGAUUGCUGCCGAUCCUGAGGUACUCCUACCUCGGCUUGCACGUCCACGACUGGCUGGAGAACGUCAAGUGGAUGCUGGUGACAGUCAUACGGAACGGGAACUUCAAACUGAAAACGGGAAACUACGCCCUGGCGAUGGCGAUAGACAUGGCACUGGGGAUCUUCGUAUUGCGAUUACUGCGGUAUUACAUUGAGGAUCAGCCCUCGCAGCUCCUUCUAAACAAUGCGGAGAAAGUCGUGGAGACUCUAAAGGACCUGAUCAACUGGCUGAUGGGCGUGCCAGCUGGCCUGAAGCUCAAUCACGCCUUGAACAAUACUAUGGGCAAGUUCUUCCUGUAUCACAUACAUCUCUGGUGGACAUUUCUAAUAUUCUCGAGGCCGCUUCUGGAUCUCGCGUUCGAGGUGCUGCUCCUGUUCGGACGGCUCGGCAUCACGUUUCAGAUAUCCAUCGUCGCGGACCUCCUGGCCCUCGUCAGCUUCCACACGUAUUGCAUCUACGUUUACGCGGCAAGGCUCUUCAAUAUUCAGCUGAGAGGAAUCACGGCGCUGUUUAGACUCUUCCUCGGCAAGAAGAAGAAUCCCCUGCGCGAGAGAGUGGACUCUUGCCAGUAUCAGACGGAUCAGCUGUUCGUCGGGACGCUGUCGUUCACCAUUCUUCUGUUCCUAAUGCCCACCACGUGGGUAUACUACACCGUAUUUACCCUGCUCAGAUUAGCGUCCAUCGCGUUCGGCGGUUUUCUGACCAGGCUGAAGUUCUACCUGCAAGUCAUGCCCGUUUACACUCUUUGGAAGUGGUUGCUGCGAUCUUAUAGCACUUGCAGUAUUGUCGAUAUCAGAUUGCAUCCCUGCUGCACGGAAGAGGUGACGGUACUGUCGAUGACGAUGGUCGUGGCCCCUUGGAGACGCACGUGGAAAAGGUGCAUCCCGGACACGAUCAUUCGCCACCCGUCCAUCGAGUGGUGCACGAUAUUAAAUAACGUCAUAUGGGGCCAUUUGUUGUAUCCGUUAUAAAGAACCAUCUACAUUGAA